AUGAAGCCUGAGUCUCCAUCUCUUGGGUCUUUGCCCGUUGAAAUCCUGUGCUCUAUCUUCCGUCUCUUGGACCCAAUUGGCCUCAUGUCCAUCAGCCAAAGUAACUCCAAAUUCCGCACAGUGGUGCAGCCACAAAAAAACCAUCUACUGGAGAGGCUGCUUGAACUUGAAUGCCGAGAAGAAGUCGGGGGAGUCACCCCCAUCUUCCGAUCAAAAGACAAUCACCUCGACCCUGUUUUCUCGUCAAAAGAGUGGCGUACUAUGCGCUGGGCCUGUAGUUUAUGUCUCCAGAUGCUUCCAAACACAGCCUUCAACAAUCACUCUAUCCUACGACUGCAGUACCGCAAGCCAUUACCAGGAUCUCCGGCAGCAAGUUCUUACACGAGCUGGGAGCCAACAAGAAAUUGGAAACUCCGCAAGCCGUACCGUCUGUAUAAACAACAAUCCGACUCUAGGGAUGAGGAUCGGAAAAUACGGCGUCGAUACGAUCUCGCAUCCAAGUGCAACACAUUGAGAUCGAACAAUCGCGAUAGAGGUGCAAGAUUAGCCAGUUUUCAGGACAGCGGAAUUAUCACCUUCCAGGGCUUUACUCUGGAUGAAUACUGCUGUAUCACACAAGAGGAAGAGCAGGUCCUGCUGGACCACGAAGCACGCCUCAUUGAGAGAGAGCGUUGUGGCUUCAAGCGACACUUGCGCAAGUGCAAUGAAUGUCGUUCCCGGCGUGUCGUUGUAUGCUAUUUGAUACUGCCUUGGACCGAUAUUUCCCAGGUGUUCUACCAUAAUGAGAGCUGUGAGGUCGACGGCCAAUGCUCCAAUUCUAGAAUGAUUUCGCGAAGAUGGUUUUGA